GUUAACCUCGAAAACGGGUUGUUUACAUUUUUAGAGAUGUCAUUUUUGUUUUUGUCGGGUCUGUGGGCGAAGCGAAUUGACAGGAUUGUCUUGUGUGGUAGUGAAAACUGAAUAGUGAUAAUUGAUAUUGAACUUUGUCGCUAAACAUGACUUAAAAUAUCGAAAAAUGUGAAUAUUUUCUAGUGUAUACCUCAUUUCACACCUAGUGCCAUGUAUUUAUUAUAUAUUUAUAUUCUGUUUAGAAAAAAAUGUCUGUUUCUACGAAAAGUGCUUUUUCAAAAGUGUAUAGUCUCACAAAAGCAUCACCCUACAAAAAAUAUCGGAAUUUCUUUUUUGUACUACUUCUAAUUUCAAUAUUCAUAGCUCUAUUGGUUCCUUUCACGAAUUUUUCCAGUGAUGUGUCCAAGAACUUCGAAAGAAUUGACUUUAGGAACUUGAAAAAUUUACCCCUAGUGAAAUUGACGAACAGUGCUAGUGUUUUGGCUCCAAAGAACCCCCUUUGCAACCAUUGGGACUGUUUCAAUAUAUACCGAUGUGGACACACAGGGCACGACAGAAUUUCGGUGUAUGUUUACCCCCUGAGGAAGUACAUAGAUGAAGAUGGAAUACAGGCUUCUGAACAACUUUCUAGAGAAUACUUUUCUCUGUUAAAUACUGUGAUAAAUUCGAAAUACUAUACAGCUAAUCCAGAGGAAGCAUGCAUAUUCAUACCUUCUAUUGAUACUCUAAAUCAGGACAAGAUUCAGCUGAAUUUGACAUCUAGGGCAUUGAGCUCUCUUCCACAUUGGAGAAAUGGAGAAAACCACAUCGUCUUCAAUAUGGUGUCCGGGAGUUUCCCGGAUUUUCUUCCGUCUAUCGAGCUGGACACCGGCAACGCCAUGAUUGCUGGAGCGGGGUUCGACACUCUUACAUUUCGACAAAAUUUCGACAUAUCCUUGCCAGUAUUCAGUCCUGCUGCAAAGUCAGCAGAAGUGAAAGAUAUAACACAUGAAAGAUCGUGGCUAGUGACGUCUUCCCAGCUCAACGUCGAUCCCUACUUCCUGUCCGAACUCCAACAGCUCAAGCGCCGCCACGCCGAGUACGUGCUCGUGUUGAACGCUUGCCGGUCGCACGAGUACGCGCGAAGAUGCGACGUCGACGACGAAAAGACUUACGAGUACCCGGCAGUGCUGCGGCGGUCGAUUUUUUGCACGGUGUUCCGGGGCGAGCGGAUGGGCCAAGUGGUGCUGUUGGAGGCGAUGGCUGCUAAUUGUCUGCCGGUUAUAGUAAUGGAUGGGCAUGUGAUGCCCUUUUCUACCAUCAUCGAUUGGAAGCAUUUCUCUGUAUUCGUGAGCGAAAAUCAUCUGAGCACUCUGAUGGAAGUGUUGAAUGGCAUUUCGGAGAAGAGAAUUCGGCAGAUGCAGAGGACUUUGCUUCAUGUGUACAAGGAGUAUUUCUCCAGUAUGGAGAAGAUAACUCUGACCACGUUGGAUAUUUUGCAGGAUAGGGUGUAUCCGCAUUUGGGGAGGACUUACGAUGUGAUUAAUUUGAUGCCUGAAGAGAUUAACCUGAACCCAUUGUUUUUUCCUAUAACCUCACCGAAAGCUCAUGGUUUCACUGCUGUUAUUUUAACAUAUGAUAGAGUAGAAAGUUUAUUUACAUUAGUCGAAAGACUGUCCAAAGUUCCUAGUCUUAUGAAGGUCGUAGUGGUAUGGAAUCAUCAGAAAAAACAUCCCCCUUCAUUAUCUGCGUUUCCGAAAAUUCCAAAACCAAUAAAUAUAAUCAAAACUAAGGCCAAUAAACUGUCGAAUAGAUUUUAUCCAUAUAAGGAGAUUGAAACGGAGGCUGUUUUACAUAUAGAUGAUGAUAUUGUCAUGCUGACUUCAGAUGAAGUGGAAUUUGCCUAUGAAGUGUGGAGGGAGUUCCCUGAUCGAAUUGUUGGCUUUCCCUCCAGGACCCACAUUUGGGACAACUCGAGCCAAAAGUGGAAGUACGAAUCCGAAUGGACCAACGAAAUAUCGAUGGUCCUCACCGGUGCAGCAUUUCUACACAAAUACUGGAGUUUCCUCUACACGAACUUCUUGCCUUCCGAAGUCAAGGACUGGGCGGACGAACAGAUGAAUUGCGAGGAUAUUGCCAUGAAUUUUCUAGUUGCCAAUAUAACCAAUAAGCCGCCUAUCAAAGUGACUCCUCGCAAAAAGUUCAAAUGCCCGGAAUGCACGAGCAACGAGAUGCUGUCCGCCGACAUGGGGCACAUGGUGGCACGCUCCCAGUGCGUCGAUGCGUUCACGAAAGCCUUCGGACGGAUGCCGCUCAAGUCGGUGGAGUUCCGGGCCGAUCCCGUCCUCUUCAAGGAUCCGUUCCCGGAGAAAUUGAAGCGAUUCAACGACAUCGGCAGUCUGUAGAAGCAAUCGAUUGCAUCUUCUUGAGUGUUUUCAAGGUAGCAAUAAUCUGUCAUUUUCCCGAAACAUCAGCAUAUUCUCGGCAUUAGAACAACUGGAAAAUGUAUGUCACUGAUAUUGAUUCAAAACAAAAACAGAAAAUUGUAUUUAGAUUUUGGACUGAUGCCCAUUAAGUCUCAAGUCGAUAAAGAUCUGGGCUGAUCCCUUCCUCUUCAAGGAUCCGUUCUAGGAGAAAUUGAAGUGAUUCAACGACAUCGGCAGUCUGCAGAAGCUAUCCAUUUGAUCUUCUUGAGUGUUUUCAAGUUGGAAACAAUCUGUCAUUAGCGUCAUUGAUAUCGUCAACGUCCGCUCUGUCAGUGAUAGCGGGAUGUUGGAAUGUAUCUAUACUAUUUCUCGUUUUUCCCGAAAUAUCAACAUAUUCUUGGCAUUAGAACAACCGGAAAAUGUAUGCCACUGAUAUACAGAGUGGGCCGUUGAAAACGAAACAGAGGCUCUGUAGGUCGCCAAAACCGGAUUAUAAAAAAAAUCUGAAACACGUCAACUAUAUUUUCGAGGGGGACAUCGUUCUAAAAUAUUUUCAGCCCUGCGGCGUUGCCGCUUCUAGAGAAAAGAAGCAACAACUUUAUUAUUUCAAAUGGAAC